AUGGCGUCGCCGGACGACCCCGUGCUCGCCGCUUGCAAGCACAAAUUGAGCCACUUCAGAAUAAAAGAGCUCAAGGAUGUCCUGGAUAAGCUUGGACUUUCAAAGCAAGGAAAGAAGCAGGAUCUAGUGGACAGGGUUAUGGAGGUAUUGUUGAGUCAGCAAGAUCAAGCCUCAGAAACGAAUGGUUUACCAAAGGCAAAAAUGGUGGUGAAAAUAGUGGAGGACACUUUUAGAAAAAUGCAAGACCCUACAAAUACUGUUGCAGCCUCAAAGAGCCACGAAUCAGGACACAGUGUUAAGCCUAAAAAGAAACCAGGUGAUUCUGCUCAGAAAGUUAAGGUUCGUUGCCCUUGUGGUGACUCCAAGCCAAAUGAUUCCAUGAUUAAGUGUAUUGAUCCACAAUGCAACAUAUGGCAACAUGUUGGCUGCGUUAUCAUACCCGAUAGUGAGAAGUCUGUGGACAACAUUUCUCCAGAAUUACCUUCCUGCUUUUAUUGUGAACUGUGCCGACUUAGCAGGGCUGAUCCUUUUUGGGUCACCGUGAACCAUCUGUUACUCCCUGUCUUAAUAGGACCCUCUGCCGUAGCAGCAGACGGGUCAUAUACUGUACAGUAUACUGCAAAAAGCUUUCAGCUUUCAAGAGCUAAUAGAGAAAUGCUACAGCAAGCUGAAUGCGAUAUUCAGGUUUGGUGUAUCCUUCUCAGUGACAAAGUACCUUUUAGGAUGCACUGGCCUUUACACUCUGACAUGCAAGUUAAUGGUAUUUAUGUUAGGGUGGUUAACAGGCAACCCCAACAAAAGUUAGGGGCCAAUGGUAGAGACGAUGGUCCACUAAAUUGCCAAGAGGAGAUCUCUAGGACAGGCCGCUGUGUUGGUGGUGGAGCUGAGGCAAAUAAUGCAGACAGUGAUAGUGAUAUCGAAGUUGUGGCUGAUUCUGUCUCUGUGAAUCUUCGGUGCCCUAUGACUGCUUCAAGGAUCCAGAUUGCUGGUAGGUUCAAGCCCUGUGCUCAUAUGGGUUGUUUUGAUUUAGAAGCUUUUAUUGAAAUAAACCAACGUUCCCGGAAGUGGCAAUGUCCAAUUUGCCUGAAGAAUUACUCUCUAGAGAACAUAAUAAUUGAUCCUUACUUCAAUCGCAUCACUUCUUUGAUCAAAAGCUGCGGAGAUGAUACUUCUGAAAUUGAUGUCAAGCCUGAUGGUUCCUGGAGAGUUAAGGGCAGAGCUGAACUGAAGGACCUUAUACAGUGGCAUCAACCAGAUGGUACUCUCUCUGUGGCCACAGAUACAGCAGCCAAACCUGAAAUUUGCAUUGUAAAGCAUGAGGUUAAAGAAGAGCCACUGUCUGAAGAGGUGGGAUGUCUUAAGUUGGGACUUAGGAAAAAAAACAACGGCCAGUGGGAAAUUAGCAAGAUAGGGGAUGCUGAUCUGGUGCCGUCUUCUGGUAAUGACCAUUCAAGAUACAAUGAAAACAAAAACUGCAUCACUCUCUCAAGCAACAUUGGUGAUACAAACAUUGCAAAUGAAGGUUUUAAUUUAGAGCCAGCAACAAAUGGUGAUCCUAUGGCCCAUGUCCAUGAUCUUGAUUCUUCAUCCUCAGAUGAAAAUGGCCUUCCAGCAUCAACAGGGCAGGAUAUAAUAGUUUUGAGUGACUCAGAUGAUGAUGAUGUCAUGGUGUUGUCUCCUGGUGCUGUGAACUGUGGCUCGACGCAUGACACUGGAAAUCUGUUUCCACUCAACACACCUGAAAAUUUAGGAGUGUGUAGCGAACAAACUGGUGGAUGCCCAAAAGAAAGCUCAUUUGUUGCAUUAAGAGAAGGUUUUGGUGACCUGGGAUUGUCCUUUUGGGAAUGUCCUGGGAGUCCCCGAGAUGAUCCUACUUCCCAGAUACUUGAGACCAGUACAAAGACGACAGAUAAUCCAGGUGAAGUGGAAAACUACCCUGCCAAUGAUCAAUCUAAGCAAGGCCCAGUUUCUGGGGCUGAUUUGGGGGUAGCAGCAAACCCAGUGGAAGAUGGGCAUGAUAGCGCAUUGCAACCUUGUUCAUUAAGUGAAAGAGAUAGUGCCAUGGGUCUUGCUAACCUGGUAGCGGACACUCAAACAUGUGUUGAUGUCCAUUCUGACAAAUGGACAGAUGUCAGCACAAGUGGCUCUGAUGAAGAUUUAACUACUGCCAAAAUUGCAUCUAAGAAAAGGAGCAAUCCUGGAGACAGAAUAACAGCUUUAGAUGAUAUGCUGUUCGUUUCUCGCGUUCGUGAGAUGGGCCAUUGGCGCUACAAAAAUGGGAAUGACAUCCGCCCCAUCCAUGAUCCACCAGUGCUACGCCGCGUGACCCCUCCUCCACGACUAGUGCUGAUCUGUGUGACCCGGACGCUCGAAGUACCUGAAGAGUAUUCAUAUCCACCAGGUUUUAAUCCUGGACAAAAUUCACGUCUGUGUAGACUGAACAAAUAUCUUCUUGAUGUCUAUGGAGAUAUUGACCGUAUAAUGAAUGACCACUCUUACUAUACAAGGGCCUAUAAUACUAAUGUUGAUAUUUGUGUUGUGUUCCAAUGCCGACAAAUGAAUGAUGUUGUGAAUGAGAGCAGGGAGCAGCAAAGAGGAGCAACCCCAAACUUUCGCCCACCACCGCCGCCCACCCGCGCCACAUCAAUCCCCGCCCGCCCGCAUGUGACCGUGCAGCAGUGCACUGCGAACUUUCGCCCACCACCGCCGCCCACCCGCGCCACAUCAAUCCCUGCCCGCCCGCAUGUGACCGUGCAACAGUGCACCGCGGUGAGGCUCCUCCACCUUGCGCUGGAGGUGGCGCUCCUGGCUCCUAGCAAGAAUCGGAUGACGACUUGGGGCUUCGAUGUGCUCACUGAUCGAGUUGUCCACGUUUUAACUGACAAUGAUCAAAUUGAAUUUGUUGUUCUAAAAAACUAG